CUCUUCUUCUUCACAGGGAGGCUUUUAGCAGACGAGUCAAGUCCAGAGGUCACGUCGACGUGCGCCGCGGAUAUGGGUCUAAAAGUGUCACUAUCGCUUCUUCUAUUAUUCUUAUGCUCUCAAGCUUCAGGUUUACGAGGUCAAGGUCGGGGGUAUGCAGGGUUUGAGGACCCUGUGGAUUCAGGUCGAGUUAUUGUGGAUGAAGCGGCCUCACAGACUCUGAAGAGUAACCUGACCACCGUCUUCUUCCCGGUCAUCUAUGUCAUCGUGUUCGUGGUUGGACUUCCGACCAACGGCAUGGCCAUCUGGGUCUUUCUCUUCAGGACCAAGAAGAAGCACCCAUCCUCCAUCUACAUGGCCAACCUGGCUCUGGCCGACCUGCUUUUUGUCAUCUGGCUGCCUCUAAAAAUUGCCUACCAUUUGGACGGCAACAACUGGACCUAUGGCGAGCCCCUGUGCAAGGUGCUGGUGGGCUUCUUCUACGGGAACAUGUACUGCUCGGUGCUGUUCAUCGCCUGCCUCAGCGUCCAGAGGUACUGGGUGGUGGCUCACCCCCUGUCCCAGCAGAGAAAGAACAACAAAGUUGCCAUCGGCGUCUGCGUGGCCAUCUGGGCGUUCAUCUGGCUCACCACCACCCCUCUGUACCUGUACGACCACACGGCCAAGCUGAAGGACCCCAACGUCACCACGUGCCACGACGUGAGCGUCAUCCACGACCCGCUCAACCCGUUUCCCUCCGUCCAGCAUCCGUUCUACUACUUCAUCUUCAUGGCCACGGUGGUCUUCCUCGUCCCCUGCGUAGUCAUCGUCGUCUCCUACGUGCUGCUCCUCAGAGCUCUGGGGAACUGCAUGGUGGACAGCACGGCGGCGAAGAAACGGCAGAAAGCCGUGGUGUUGAUCGUGCUCGUCCUGGUGACCUUCCUGGUGUGCUUCGUCCCCAGCAACAUCAUGCUGGUGGUGCACUACUCCCUGCUGAAGGACGGCAUCGCCAACAACGGGUACAGCUUCUACACCUCCACGCUGUGCCUGGCCAGCCUCAACAGCUGCCUGGACCCCUUCAUCUACUACUAUGUGUCGGACGAGUUCAGGCAGCACGUGAAGAACACGCUGCUCUGCCGCAGCAGCCGGACGGUGGAGAGGAUGAGGGUGUCCUUCAGCUCCAUGAAAUACUCGAGGAAGAGCAAGUCGUACGUGUCGGAGAGCGGGAACACGCAGAGCAGCUCCUGCUGAGGAGGAGAUAGCCACACGCCGUGCCGAGGCUUGCUCUCAGAUGCGCUGAUACCAGCGCUGUGGAGACUUUUUGAUAGACGGGUAACCAGAGACUGCCAAAGAUGAACUUCAAAUGUGAAAUAUGACGAGCAGGAAGGAGAGCGUUCGUGCUGUGCAGGUACCUCAGCUUGGUGCUAAAAUAAACAUAUGUGGAGGAAGGACCGGUAAAGACUGACAAUAAGCAGCUCGGACUUCUCAUAUUCUCUGAUAAAUGUACUUUUUUUCAUAUAUAUGUAUAUAUCUCCCAAGAUUUUGACUGACUCAAUCACAUCAUUGAAGCUCAUUUAAAGGGAAAACUAUCUGUGAAAACAUAACACCUGCAUUAACUUGGUGUUUAUAGAGAAAUGGGUCAAGAGUUCAUGUAUAUUUAUAAUGUUUGUUUCUGUUUUUUUAAACCUUUUUUUAGUGCUUAUCUGCUUGUGCAACUUUUAUUGUUCCCAUCUGAAACUCUUUGAGAAUGAGCCUUUUUUUUUAAUUAUUUUUAAAAGAAGGCAGUGAGCAGAGAUUUGUAUUGUCACAUAGUUUCCUAAAUAAAUGACAAAAACCAAAGAAC